GAGAGAACUACACUUCCCGGCAGGCCACGGGAGGAAGGGUGUCUGAGAGCCGGGAAGCGGCUCUGAGCUGCUCCGGAAUUCCCAGAGUCAGGUAGCACUUUGAGGAGGAUGGCGCUGUCGCGGGGAGCCAGCGCCCCGGACCCCGACGAUGUCCGGCCUCUCAAGCCGUGUCUGCUGCGCCGCAACCACAGCCGCGAUCAGCACGGCGUGGCGGCCUCCUCCCUCGCGGAGCUGAGGAGCAAAGCUUGCGAAAUACUGGCCAUUGAUAAGUCCCUGACACCAAUCACCUUAGUCCUGGCAGAGGACGGUACAAUAGUGGACGAUGAUGACUACUUCCUUUGUCUGCCUUCCAAUACCAAGUUUGUGGCGUUGGCCAGUAAUGAGAAGUGGACAUACAACAAUUCUGAUGGAGGAACAGCCUGGGUUUCCCAAGAGUCCUUCGAUGCUGAUGAAACAGACAGCGGGCCAGGGGUCAAGUGGAAGAACGUGGCCAGGCAGCUGAAAGAGGAUCUGUCCAGCAUCAUCCUGCUGUCAGAAGAGGACCUCCAAGUACUCAUCGACAUCCCAUGUUCAGAGCUGGCUCAGGAACUUUGCCAAAGCUGUGCCACUGUCCAAGGGCUCCAGAACACACUCCAGCAGGUGCUUGACCAGAGAGAGGAGGCCCGCCAGUCCAAGCAGCUCCUGGAACUCUAUCUCCGGGCCUUGGACAAGGAAGGCAACAUCUUGUCCAACCAGGAAGAGUCCAAAGCUGCCCUCGCUGAAGACUUGGAUGCGGUUGACACGGGCAUCAGCAAAGAGAUGGCUUCUGAGACGGCACUUACAAGCCAAAUCCUUACUGCACUGAAGGAGAGGACUGCUCCAGAGCUGAGUUUAUCUAGUCAGGAUUUGGAGCUGGUCUCCAGGGAGGACCCCAAAGCCCUGGCUGUGGCUUUGAGCUGGGACAUAAAGAAGGCAGAAGCAGUCCAGCAGGCCUGCACCGCGGAGCUCGCCCUGCGCCUGCAGCAAAUGCAGAGCUUGCAUUCACUCAGGAAUCUUUCGGUGAGGAAGAAUCCACUGCCUGGGGAACAGCAGAGUCCCAAACGAGCCAGAGAAGACCCCAGUAGCUCCGCCGGAAGCAUGCUUUGCUGAGGAGAACGCUGGGUUUUGUUGUCAGUAAACGACUCCCCUUAUCAUUUUACCGCUUACAUUCUGCUCUGCCUCCUGCCUUCCAGAAUGUCCUUCUAGCAGAAGUGGCUUAUACCCCUCCAGAAAAGCUGUUUCAGUCUGUACACAUGCCUUCUACCUCCUUUACAUGUA